AGCACACAGGGAGACUGAGCAAGAAAGGGGAGCAACUCGGCUGAUCUGACACAUUUCUCAUUGCCGAGGGCCUUCAAAAUGGCCGAUAUACAAAAAGAUGACCGCCCGUGGGUGGGUGCAGUUCGGAGGAUAGUGACUUUCACUUUCGCAUUUAUCGUUCUGGCCGGAGUAUUAUGGGCAUUUAUUGACAGCAUACCCCUAGCUACAGAUGAGUUUAAGAUCAUGGCCUUUGGGAUCUAUGGUGCCUUCCUCUCAGUCCAUCUCAUCAUCCAGAGUUUCUUUGCCUUUUUGGAGCACAGAAAGAUGAGAAGAGGUGGUCUCCCCUGCUCAUACACUAAAUCUGUAGCCUUGACAAUAUCUGCCUACCAGGAAGAUCCAGUUUACUUACGUGAGUGCCUGGAGUCUGUCAAAAACAUGGAAUACCCCCCAGACAAACUCAGAAUCAUCAUGGUCAUUGACGGCAACAGUAAAGAUGACCAAUAUAUGAUGGACAUGUUCACAGAAGUUUUUGCCAAAGAAGACGUAGGGACGUACAUCUGGAAGAACAACUACCAUCAUUGGGACAAAGAGACAGCCGAAAAGUUCCCUGGUAUUGGAGACGUCUUGCCCUUUGACCAUUCGUAUCAAAAUGCAUCAAAUUCACAAGGGCAAAAUAUUGUCUAUGACAAUAUCAAUGCAGACACUCAGUAUGAUAACACCAUAGGGAACCCUGGGCCAUACACCAUAGGAAUGGAGAUGCAGGAUCAUUUUGGUGACCAAUUGCAAGAAGAGCCGUUGCCUAUGUACAUGGAAAUCGAAAUGGAAGAUCCAACCAGAUUGGAGGUUGAGACUCUUAUUCGGACAAAGCGAUGUGUGUGCAUCAUGCAAAAAUGGGGUGGCAAGAGGGAAGUCAUGUAUACGGCCUUCAAAGCUCUGGGAGACAGCGUAGACUACAUCCAGGUUUGCGACUCAGACACAAAACUAGAACCUCUUGCCACGGUGGAGCUGGUGAAGGUCCUGGAAUCUAAUGACCGAUAUGGAGCGGUCGGAGGGGAUGUGCGCAUCCUGAACCUUUCAGAUUCCUACAUUAGUUUCAUGAGCAGCCUGAGGUAUUGGAUCGCCUUCAAUGUGGAAAGGGCUUGCCAGUCCUACUUCGACUGUGUCUCCUGCAUCAGUGGUCCUCUAGGUCUUUAUCGAAACGAUCUUCUUCAGACUUUCCUCGAGUCAUGGUAUAACCAGAAGUUUUUGGGAACCCAUUGUACUUUCGGAGAUGAUCGGCAUUUGACCAACAGAAUGCUCAGUAUUGGCUACGCAACUAAGUACACUGCCAGAUCAAAAUGCUAUUCAGAGACUCCUGCCCAGUUCCUGCGUUGGCUCAACCAACAGACCCGUUGGACCAAGUCUUACUUCCGGGAAUGGUUGUACAAUGCUCUGUGGUGGCACAAGCACCACCUCUGGAUGACCUACGAAUCCAUCAUCGCCGGCAUCUUUCCAUUUUUUGUUACAGCAACAGUAAUAAAACUCUUCUUCAGCUGCCACCUGUGGGACAUCAUGUGGGUUCUCCUCACCAUCCAAAUCAUUGCAACCGUCAAAGCCUUGUAUGCAUGUUUCCUUCGAGGCAACAUGGUCAUGAUAUUCAUGUCUUUGUACGCUGUCCUGUAUAUGGCCGGCCUCCUUCCAUCCAAGUACUUUGCCAUUCUUACUAUGAACAAGAGCAGCUGGGGAACAUCUGGACGAAAGAAGAUGGUGGGCAACUAUAUCCCUCUUCUACCCCUGUCCAUUUGGUGGGGAGUGCUCUUUGCUGGUCUUCUCUACACCAUCAUCAUGAUGUCCCUUUGUACGGACUGCAGACUUGUUGAUGCUGAGAAAAACUACUUGAUCUACGGAGCUUCGGCUUAUGCCGGCUACUGGCUACUCAUGGUCGCCCUCUACUGGCUUUGGAUCAGACGCUGCUGCAGAAAGAGAUCCGAUUACUACGACGUUGAAAACUGACAAGGGAUGAGAGACAAGAAAGAGUCAAUCCGAAAGAGCACAAAACACCAGAAGUAUUAUCCAAGAAGUCCAGUCUGACAUUGUGGUGGUUCAAUCAUUCACAAUGGUUGUUGGCACCACCUUUGCUCCUAUGUUCUUCUAAAGUGACUUCCAGAAUCUCAUCGGUUCCGCCUCCUGAAUUAUCUUGAGGUGUAUGUUCUUAAGAAACCACAACCAAAGAUGGUCAAUUAGAAGGUUUCUAUGGUCACCAUACAAGCAAUGAUUGAGUUCACACCUUGCCCAGUUUCCAAUGUUGCAAUAGAAUGUGAAUCCAACGUUCGUAUUGGUUGGACCAAAGUAGGUGUCAAGUAGAACUCUCGGUCACCAGACGUGAUUAUAUCAGUUUACAUUAGGCAGUAGUGAUUACUGAUGAGCAGCAGGGGCUAUAUUCGAAUUUGUGAUAUUUUGCGAAUAUAUGGACGAAUAUUCGUCCUAUAUUCGCAAAGUUCCUUUUUUUCAUGCAAAAUUUCGUAAUUAAAUUCGCAUAGUGCGCAUGCGCAAUUAUAUAUUUCACCUAAAGGAAGGGAGGAUCAGUGUCCAGUCUGAAAGUGCCGAUAUUCGCAUAAAUAUUCACAUUAAAAUUUACUGAAAAAAACAAACGAAUAGUCUUCAUUACGAAUAUAUAUCACUCUAUUCUAAAAGUGCCGAUAUUCAUGGUAAAAAUAAGCAUUUCGAAUAUUCGUGCUCAA